UGCCCUGCUCUCUCCUCCCAUCUCGGCACCCCGGCGGCUCCGACCCAAACAAACCCCACUAGAGCCGACCGAGCUCACACACACACACGGACGCCGCACCAGUAUACUUACUACUCCCUGCCCUGCGAGCAGUCUCCCACCUGGUCAAACCACUCCCCCCUCCCCCACCACCAAGCACCAAUCUGUGCAUCCAUCCGCCAUGCCUCCUCCCCACCUGCUCGCCCUCCUCCUCCUCCUCCUCCUGGCCCCGCAGCUCCCGCCCGCCGCGCCGCAGCCCGCGCCGUCGGGAGCGGGGGCGCUGACGCCGCAGGAGGACGACUUGCGCUGCCUCCGGGGCGUCAAGUCCGACCUCCGUGACCCGGACGGGCGCCUCGUGUCCUGGUCCUUCAACAGCACCUCCGGCGGCGCCGUCUGCGGGUUCAGCGGCGUCUCCUGCUGGAACCCGCAGGAGUCACGCGUCAUCGCGCUCUCGCUCUCCGGGUUCGGCCUCCAGGGCCUCGUCCCCUCCUCGCUCCAGUACUGCCGCGCCGCCACCACGCUCGACCUCUCCGACAACGCGCUCGAGGGCCCGAUCCCGCCAGCGCUCUGCGAUUGGCUCCCUUUCCUGGUCAACCUCGACCUCUCCUCCAACCACCUCUCCGGCCCGCUCCCCGCCGAGCUUGCCAACUGCCGCUUCCUCAACUCGCUCAAGCUCUCCGGCAACGCGCUCUCCGGCCAGAUCCCCGCCUCCCUCGCGCGGCUCGACCGGCUCAAGUCGCUCGACCUCUCGGGGAACCGCCUCGACGGCCAGAUCCCGCCUCAGAUAGGCGCGAGCUUCCCCAAGGAGUCCUUCUCCGGGAACUCGGGCCUCUGUGGCCGCCCCGUGUCUUCGCGCUGCGGCCGCAGGCUGGGGGGCGCCGGGCUCGGCAUCGUUAUCGCCGCGGGGGUCUUCGGCGCCGCAGCGUCGCUGCUCCUCGCCUACUUCUUCUGGCGGUGCACCGGGAAGAGCAAGGGAGGCCGCCGCCGCCACAGGCGCGGUGGCAGCGAGUCAGGUGGUGCUGCCGUGGAGGAUGGGAGCUGGUGGGCGGAGAGGCUGCGCGCUGCGCACAACCGGCUGGCCCCUGUGUCGCUGUUCCAGAAGCCGAUCGUGAAGGUCAAGCUUGCUGACCUGAUGGCCGCCACUCAGGACUUCAACACAAGCCACAUCGUGGUGGCCGGGAGCUCACGGGCAGGGACGGCGUACCGGGCUGUGCUGCGGGACGGGUCUGCGCUGACGGUCAAGCGCCUGCACUCGUGCCCGCUCUCGGAGAAGGCAUUCAGGGCAGAGAUGGGGCGGAUUGGGCAGCUGCGGCAUCCGAACAUUGUGCCACUUCUGGGGUUCUGCGUUGUUGAGGAUGAGAGGCUGCUGGUGUACAAGCAUAUGGAGAGCGGUGCUCUUUCAUCUGUGAUGAAGAAACCAGGAGAAGCGCCGCUAGAUUGGGCAACACGGCUUAGGAUUGCUGUUGGGGCGGCACGGGGGCUUGCGUGGCUGCACCACGGGUUCCAGGUUCCGCAGAUUCACCAGAAUUUAAGCUCAAGUGCAGUGCUUCUUGAUGAGGAUUAUGAGGCUCGGAUCACGGAUGUUGGGCUCACGAGGCUGGUCCGGAUGGCGCCUGGCGAGGGCAGUGAUACGAGUCCUUUUCUGAAUGGGGACUUUGGGGAGUUUGGGUAUGUUGCCCCAGAGUACGCUAGCAAUCCAGUUGGUACCAUGAAGGGCGAUGCAUACGCAUUUGGGGUGAUAUUGUUUGAGCUCGUGAGUGGGCAGGAGGCUGCUGCUGUGGUAACUGAUGCCUUGGGUGAAGGGUUCAAGGGCACAUUGAUGGAUUGGGUAAAUCAGCUCAAUGCUUCUGGGCGGAUCAGUGAUGCUAUUGAUAAACCAUUGCGUGGAAAGGGCCAUGAGGCGCAGAUUGAUGAGUUCUUGAAGAUAGCUUUAGCAUCCACCCAGGCUUGCCCGAGGGAGAGGCACUCAAUGUACCGGGUUUAUCACUCUCUGAAGAGCAUUGGAGAUCGCCGUGAUUUCUCGGAGCAGUUCGAUGAGUUUCCGCUGGCCUAUAACAAGGAUGAUUCAGAUACCAUGUAGCUGUGAUGCUGAUCACACCUUGUAUGGUGUAACCGUUUGGUCAGUUUCAAUGAUGCUAUGCGUGUAGCCUUGCUAUGGGUUGAUCAGGGAGCAUAAUGACUGCCGAGCCAACCAUUUUGACACCAAAACUAUCACUGGGUGCUCAGUUCGAUAGUUGCAUCAUCUCAGGUUGCGAAUAUGCGAUAAUCAUGUAAGCAGUAAGAUCACUUUGUAUUCUGUAUGCCUUUUAAAUUGUUUCUAGUGCUUGUAGUAUCUGUAUGGAACUGUAAUUCUUGAUGUGCCUAAAUCCUGAUAUCACCUUCCUUA